UAUAGUGUUUGCUAAUAUGCUCAAGAGAGGUGGUGUAAGCAUUUCAAUGUUGGCAAAUUCUACACUUAUGGUUGGUUUUUGCCGUCCUCGGCGGCGGCUCCGUCGGCGGAGAGGCAGCAGCAUCCGGCUAGGGAACAAGCGACGAGGGUUCUGCCUUGGAUCACGUCCGGUGGUACAAUGGGGUGUCAUGGCUCCUCUUAGGAUGUUAAAGAAGAUCAUCAUGGAAAUUACACCAAAGGGGAAUUGGAUAGAGGCUUAUUGUUGGUCUCUACCUCUUCUACGCCCCCAACUAUUUCCCCUUUGUUAACCACAAGGUUGCCAUGUCACUUGCUUACUCUCUGGUCGGAGUCACAUUCUUUAUGUUGUGGUGUUUCUAUGGUAGCUCAUCG